AUGCUAACCCCACCAAGGAAAUCACCCUGGCGCCUCUCCUCCGGCCAAAAAUACCGCCAUCGACAGCGCCUCCGCCGCGUAGACAGAACAGUAGACGUGGUGUACAAGGCGUUAGCAAAGCGGGGCAUGACAGCGGCAGCUGUGGAGCGCUGGAAGAGCGAGAUGCCGACGGAGGCGGAGAUGAAGCCUCGGGAUAAGUACACCAUGUUUGAUCCUAAGCAGAGGAGUUAUAGGAAGGGAGUUCAUAAAUUGCCAAAGUGGACGAGGAUGAGCCAGAGGGUUAAUCCCCCCGGGUUUUAGACGGGGCUUUCGGGAGAGGAUAGCAGUGACGGGGGGAAGGGGGGGGAGAGGGGCAUGCGCGUGUGCCGGCAUUCGACAAUAUGCGUGACUUCACUCUCACUCUCACAUCUGUCCUAAAGAAAAGAAAGCGGCGACGACCCAGUCCAGUCCAUUCCACUCUCGCCCCUCUCUACUUGUGAUACGCUUCUUAUUUUUUACCUCGAAUCCCAACGUCCUACCCCAAACCCCACAAAAUCGCGAUACCAACUCCUGCCACGAAGUGGCUGCGCUACACAUGCGGAGUUCCCCCCUCCCCCCCGGUUAGUUAACUUACCUGCAAAGCGUAUUCUAUUCUCUCCCGACUACUCCACUAUACGAAGCACUUGCACCAGCACUUCAUCAGGAUAAUACCCCCACCCCCACUCCCACUCCCACCCCCCACCCCACCCCUUUUCCUUCAUUCCUUAUGCGGCGAUCUAUGUCAUGUCGAGUUUGUAGAGCAGAUAUUGCCUGUUUCGAUAGAUGAAUAGAUGAGUUUGUACGACACCACA